GGUGGAAGAGGCGGUCUAGAGUCUGGACUCGGGUCCGACCCUGUGGCGUAUUUGUUCAACUUUGUCCGCUGUCGUAAUCACAACUAUUGGCGCCGUUUUAAAACUUUUCGCUGUGGACUUUGGUGACAGGAGGCGCCUGAGCCCGAACAAGAAUUGCCUCCACAACUUUUUCCACCUGAGGACACGGUCUUUGGGAAAGUAAAAUGGCAGACAGCGAGGAGCCGCAGGUUUCUUCCACCUCUCUGUUCGACGAGGAACACGAGUUCCCCGAGCCCGACCCACGUUCGGAUCUUCUCCAGCCCAAAUCGGACCUGUUCCAAAUGGAUGACAUCGUGGACUUGGUCGGCGGGGCUCAGGACGCCCUGGAGAGGCACAUAGCUGAGGACAGCGCGCCUCACGAGGUCCCCGACCCACCGGAGCCACAAGACCGGAAUCUGGACUCUAUUCCGGUGCCUAUCCAGAAGCCCGGGGUUGCGGGGUUGGAUCCGGACUCCAGCAGCGCACUUUUUGCUGCCCCCUGUGUGGCUCCUAAAGCCGAGGAGGAGAGUUCGCAGAUCUCGGCGGAGCCGCAGAGUGCGCCUGCCCGGGAGACAGACGCCCUCCCCCCGGCUCAGCCCCGCACCGCCGCCGCCGCUCAGCAGCCCGCCGGACCGCCGCCUCCUCCAACGUCGUGUCUCUUCCAGUGCUGCAAAAUGAAACUAAACGACAGAGAUGCACCUUUUUCUUCUCAAGCUCUUCCUCAGCCUCUGAUGCAAUUCCCUACAGCACUUGGGCAGAAGGGUGAUUCCCCUGCUCCCAUCUCUCCCCUAUCCCCCCUUCACUCCCCUGACUCUCUGGAAGAGCUCUCUCUGACAGAAAGUCCCAACCAGGCCCCCACAUCAGGAUCUGCUGCACCCUUUGGCACCGAACCACCUGCUGCUCAUUCCAAGACCAUGCCUUGGGAGGGUACAGAGGGUGACUCUGGAUCAGGUUGCAGUGAACAUACUGAAGACCUUCUAGAUCCCUUAGCUGGUCCUUAUCUGAGUUUAGGGAAAAACACAGGGCCUCAUAAUCCAUGUGAAGACAGCGGAGUUUCUGUUUCACCUGAGGAGAAGCUGAUUAGCUCAAACAAGUCCUCCACUGGUCCAUCUCCUGUCACCCCCCAGAUGAUGAUGGCCAAUGAGUCUGACCUCGCCUCCUCAAAACCAACAGAGCAGUGGGAUUCACCAUUCCUAUCAUCUCAAGACAACUCCAAGGCCUCCAUGGAAACCUUCUCCAAGGACCCAACUCCCAUUAGUUCUGCAUAUGAACCAGAUCUACAUGGAAAACAAGCUGAUGAAGGUGGUGACUUGAUGUAUGAGACAAAGAAGAGUAAUCCAUUUGAGGACUUUUCCCCAGUGGCGGAUAGUGGCUACUCCCAUUUUGGAGACUUCAAGUCCGACGGGAUGUCCGCUAAAAUGUCUGAGAGUCCCAAUCCAGACCUGGUUCAGUACGGGCAAGACAAUCCACUGUCUUUCUUAGAUGAGAGUAAAACAUUUGAGUCUGCCAAGUUGGCCACUGACUCACUUGUGCAGUCUGGCAAUCAGUUUUUAUUUGGUCUUAAAGAUGAUGAAGAACAAGAAGAAGAGGCUUCUGCUCGCCCAUCAUCUCUUCCAGACAUUUUAAAGUCCUCUCCCCUCAACCCUGAAAAGAUGGAUUCUGGAUCCUCUGAGGGGAGCCUAGAUGAGCAGAGUCCCAUUCUUGAACGGCAGAUGAUGGAAUCCCCUAAUCCACCAAUCAACUUGUCAGCUAAUAACCCCUUUGCUUUUGAUGCUCAAGUGUCCCUGUUAAAGGAGAUGGCUGAAGAGAUGGAGGUGAGAGCAGCUGAGGAAUCAAAGACUGAACCUGACAGUUCCGCUGACACUUUUGAUCUUGUCAAAGAGGUAAAGGAAACCAGUCCAAGUAAGAUUGAAAGUGAGGAACCUGUCCAGAUUGAGCAGCAAGAUUGGUUUUCAAGCCAUGAUUCUCCAAAAAUGGUCAAAACGUUUGAGCCACUUGAUUUCCAGAACAGAAAGACUCCUGUUGAGGACUCAGAUUCUGAGUCACCAACUGCUGACUCUCUGUCUCCAGUACUGGAAGCCAUGGCCAAGAACCCUGCCAGCUUCCAAGUGGAACCUGAGAAGAGGGAUCUGAAAAUGGAGGUGGAAGAGGCUGAAGUGGCUGAGGAGGUCUCUGAGCCUGAAGUCUCCUCUGAGGAGUUUGAGUUUAUUGAGCGACCUCCCAAAGGUGUUAUCGAUGAGUUUCUCGAAGCUUUGGAUACAUCCAGGUUUUCUUCUUCCAAGGUCCUGGAGAUUCCUAUGGAUGAAGAUCUAAACUUUGGCCAGAAGGAUGUGGCUGUUGCUCAGACAAAGGUAGACCCACCCUCGCUGAUUGAAGAAGAGGCUCCAAGCCAGAGUUCCUACCACAUCCUUCCCCAGGCCUCUCCUCAGAAGGGUAAGGCAGAACUGGAGCAGCUUGAAAUUCAGCAGCCCCCACCUCAAGUUGCAGUGAUCCAUUCCCCUGUCUGCAAAGCAGAGGAGGCCAUGAAGAAGAAUGUAGAAGGCAGCAAACUGUUUAAGAUGACAAACCUGAAGACAAAAGCAGUGGUGGAUCUCCUGUACUGGCGUGAUGUGAAGACGACAGGCGUGGUGUUUGGCGCCUCCUUGCUGCUGCUCCUCUCGCUGACGGUGUGCAGCAUUGUGAGCGUGUGCUCCUACAUCGGCCUGGCUCUGCUGUCUGUCACCAUCUGCUUCAGGAUAUACAAAGGCAUCUUGCAGGCCAUCCAGAAGUCCGAUGAGGGCCACCCAUUCAAACAGUACCUGGACCAGGAGGUGGCGCUGUCAGAGGACAUGGUCCAUAAGUACAGUGACAAGAUUCUGGAGAAACUAAACAAGACUAUCAGUGAACUGAGGCACCUGUUCCUGGUGGAGGAUCUGGUGGACUCCAUCAAGUUUGCAGUGUUGAUGUGGAUCCUGACCUACGUUGGUGCCUUGUUCAACGGGCUCACGCUUCUUAUUCUAGGUUUGAUUGGAGUGUUUAGCUGCCCGAUAAUCUACGAGAAACACCAGGCUCAGAUCGACCACUACCUGAACCUGGUCAACAAUCAGAUCAAAGACAUCGUUGGAAAGAUCCAGGCCAAGGUGCCCGGCAUGAAACGUAAAACGGAGUGAAGCGGCAAGGAGUUGGCAGACAUGUUGAGGAAGGCGGAGCCAGUGAGGGAGGGAGGGGGUAGAUAUGAAGGAUGGGAGGGGGACUGUGGCGUUGAUGCAGACCUUUAUAAAUGGAUGUUUUUUGGUUUUUUCCCUCCUCCGCCCCUUUUUUUUUAUUUCCCUCUGUUCUGGAUUUGUUUUGUCUUCUGGACCAGUGGGACACAUUUUGAGUUCUGGGGAGGCGGAGCAGCACGCUGCUGUGCUCCACUCAACCGCAAAUUUUAAUUCUUUUUAUUAAGUUGUUUUUUUUUUGAGACUCGAAACAGAAUUGCUCAAGAAGAAAUUGGCCCCUCCCACUGCUCCUGCAGUGCAUUGUGGGAGGUCCCUGUGGGUCAUUUUAAAACAAUUUGCAGUUGAGAUGAACAGAUGUUUCUUCUUCGUUGGUGUUUUUGUGACAUCGCCUGUAUUAUUAUUUUUCUUAAGAAUUUAAAAGUAUUUAGUGAUUUUAAAGUUUUUCACCGUGUUGACUCCCACGAGCUUUGAGUUUGUUUCUUCAGCAGUUUAUUGAAAAAUGAAUUGAUGGAUAACAUCAUUGAUGGGGGGGGGACAUUUAAGAACUUCAUUGCUUCUGAGUAAUUGUAGCAACCAUCAUCUAGAAAAUCCUUUUUGCCAGAUGAAUAAAAACCACCAUUGACUGCAGUUGUUAGUUCUGUGUCAUUGCAGCUGUCUUGUAACGAAAAAAAAAACCUCUGGAACAUGUUUACAUUCAUCCAUGUGAUAAUAUCAUUAAAAAAAAAAAAAACGUAAAUAAACUAAACGUUGUCUGUGGAGGCUGAUAUCUUAAAGUCACAGCCUGACGUGACUUCAAGAGUUCAAACCUUUGUUAUACGAGUAAUCAUUGUGAAUGAUAAACUUCAUAUUGUGACAAUUAAAGCUUCCUGCUCAGAGCCGUGUUUGUGGAAUGCAUUGUGAGAUGUAAACAGUUAUCAAUAAAGCUUCUAGACCAA